GUUUUCAAUCUUCGAGUAGGACGCACAGUGUCUAGAUUUUUGUAUUGCUAUGACCAAAAAAAAACAAAGUAUGUGAGUGAUGUAAAAUGUCAAUUUUAGAAAGUUGUCUAUUACUAUACUCCAACUUCUCAAUAUUGAUACUUCCAUGCCCUGAAAAUCACUUUGAUAUUUUCUAAAUUUAUUGUUCAAAACCUUUUGGUUAACAUAUGUUUUCAACCUGCAAAUUGCAAUGGGUUCGUAACCCGUAGGUGACGUUUAAUUAAAUUUUAUUUAUUUUAGAUGAAGUUAAAUUAUACAAUUUUCUAGUAAUAAGUAUAGUUAUUGUGUUAAUUUUCAUCAGAUUUUAACUAUAUUGUUCAUGAAGAAUAAAUAAUGUCUUUCGAGUAUUUGCCCGUUGCUGAAGACGAAAAUGAAGAACCCAUAGAACUGCCUAUCGAAGAAGAUGGAGCUUUGAUGCUAUCGACUGUGUCUGCACAGUUUCCAGGUUGCUGCGGAUUGAAAUAUCGACACCCUGAAACGAAAACCAUCAGGGGAAUUCGACUAAGAGAUGGUCGACUAUAUCCUCCUCCAGAAGGAUGGGGAAAUUAUUUGUAUAUAUGUAGUUUUCCUAAAGAAAAUAAACGCAAACUUGGUGAAAAUUCCGAGUCCACAAUUAUGAGACAUAAAAGAAAUGACACCUUAUGUUCGGACCUGAUAGUUUUGGGACUCCCUUGGAAAGCCACAGAGCAGACAGUGCGAGAAUAUUUUGAAAAAUUUGGUGAAGUAUUAAUGGCUCAGCUGAAAAGAGACCCAAAAACGGGAAUGUCUAAAGGUUUCGCUUUUAUUCGAUUUGCAUCUUAUACAUCCCAAAUGAGAGUUCUUGCUCAAAGGCACAUGAUUGAUGGGAGGUGGUGUGAUGUAAGGAUACCAAAUUCCAAAGAAGGAUCUAUACCAUCUAUGCCUUGUAAAGUUUUUGUUGGCCGCUGUACUGAAGAAUUAUCUGCCAAUGACUUGAGAGAGUAUUUUUCUCAAUUUGGAGAAGUUACUGAUGUGUUCAUCCCAAAACCAUUUAGGGCAUUCAGUUUUAUAACAUUUCUUGACCCAGAAGUUGCGCAGAGUCUAUGUGGGCAAGACCAUAUAAUAAAAGGUGUUUCUGUUAAUGUUUCGAAUGCAUCUCCAAAGCAAAACAAAAGUGGUACAAACCAACGUGCCAUGCCUAGUAGAAGUUAUGAUGAAGGUCAUCCACACAAUGUGUCUAAUAAUAAUUCUUGGAGCAACCGAAACAUGGAUAUGGUUAAUAUGCAAGCACUUGGUAUGUCUGGUCAACAUGGACAAACAGCUGUAGCUGGUGGUGGAGGACAAGCACAAGGUGGCAGUAUGCCUAUAGGAAUGGGAGGACUACCUGUAAAUCAAGCUUUAGUAGCAGCAGCUCUUAACCAGGCAGCUGGUUGGGGUCUUAUCAACAACAUCCCUUCAGGUGCAUCAGAACAAGGUGCCUUUGCUGGUCCAGCAUCAUCGGCACCUCCAGCACCACCAAACUUCCUGUCUUGGAUGCAACAAGGUAAUUCAGCACAAGGACCCUCUAGUCAGUGGGGACAAAGACAUCAGUCCCAAGGCCACUCUGUCUGAUCAAUAUUUCGACAAGCUCACAAUAAUCUCUGUGAUUGUAGCAACAUUUUUUAGAUAAAUAGUACUUGUUUUUCUCUUCAGUAAAAGAUGGGUUGUUGUUGGUGGCAAGUGGUUAACCUAAAAAUUUGCUAAUGAUGUUAUUUAUUUAUGGAAUUGCUUGUUUUCAAUUUUGUUCUUAUGAAUUUUAUCCUAGAUAGAUAAAAUUAUGCACCAUAACAAAACAUAACACUUUACAAGCAGUUUCUGUAUAAAAAUUAUGUAAUACUUGUAUCAUAUGUUUUAGAUUAAGAUUGUUGUUGUGCUUUUAUUUGUCAUUUCAUAUUACUACUUAAAAAUACUAAUAAAUAUCGACAUAACUAAUUAGAGCUGAGAUGUAAUCAACAGAUUCCUCAACUUUGAGGUAGAUUUUUGUAAUUUUUACAUUGUCAUGUUUAGGGCCGUCCGUCCAUAAAUGAGAUAAUGGUAGGUAAAGUAAUAUAACCAUCUAAGUACAAAAUUAACAGUAACUUCCCUUAAUAAAUCUAAGAACAGAAUUUACAUUAAAAUGAUGUUUUGAAAAAUAUUCACAUCUUUAUGACUAUACAAUUACAAUUUAAUUUAAAACACGGCAAUUCUGUUCUCUAUGACAAAUAAUAUUUAUCAGCAAGUUUGGAUUUGUUUGAAUUCAUUCUUACUUUGUACACUAAUAGUACCAUAGAUGUACAGAUAAUAUCAUAAUUACAAUGUAACUUGCAAUCACUAAUCUGAAAUCUCAUACCAUUUGUAAGAGCUAGCUAGACCUUACAUUAGGAAAUACAAAUGGAUAUGAAAAAGUUACUGCAAAAUUACCUAAAUCCUAUUAUAAUUUAUAAAAAAAAAUUGCUGAUUAUAAACAAGUCCUAUUUUAGAAAAUGCAGGUGUUACUUUUAUCUCUAUCCCAUAUUUUCAAGGACAAUAACAAGAACUCAAACUGUUACAUAAUUAUAAUAUAUAAAAGCCUAUAAAAAUGUUGAAAUUGAAUAAAUGUCUAUUUUUAAAUCUAUUUGAUGCUAAUCAUACUUAAGAACAGUCACAAUCGAGAUGAAAAUAUGUUAAAAUGUGGACUAUAAAAUUUCGUUAAAAUUAGCAUUCAAUUUAUAUGUACAAUGAUAUAAAAUAUACACACUUUGGCAAAAAAAAAUGUAUAUAGGAUAGAUAGUAUGAUAAAUGUUAUUUUGAAAUUAGCGAUAUAUGUAUAUCAUAUCACAUAUUGUGCUACAGUCAAUUUAAUCCAACAAUUUGCCUUAUUACAAAAAUAGAUACUCUGUUUGAAAGUUUAUUAGAUAGUAUACAAGUGUUGUUAUAUUGAAAAAUACAUUUAAAAAAAUAGUAUACUCAUUCAUUUUAAAAAUAUAAAGCUAAAUAAGAUAAAAAUCUGUGCCUCAUAACCAACUAAACAAAAUAAAAGUUUGUAGAUAGUUUAAUAAUUGUUAUUUUUUUAAUAUAUUUAAAAAAAGUAAAGGUACUUGUGACAACUUGAAAAGAAAAAUAAAAAAUAGGAUGUAUUAUAAAAGUUACCAAAAUCAUUAAACAUUCAGUUAUAAAUGGUCAUUUUAAUGACUUUAAGUUACCUAAAAUAAAAACAUAACAUAUUAAUAAAAUGCUUAGGGUCUAUAAAUAUUGAUUGAGUGAAGUACUGACAUGUGUAUCAUACAUACUCUUUUUAUCCGACUGUUACAAAUGUAUGCUUUUGGGUUAUUGUAAUGUUAUUUUUUAACAACAGACUGUUAUAUUCGUGCAUUGUCUAGUGAAGGAUAAAGUUUAUUAAUUGUUAUCAUUGUUUAUCAAAUAACGUUGUUUAUUUUUUUGUUAUGUGUGUUUCUUCUGGUGUAUGUGACAAUGAUGCUAUAAGUAUAACAGGUGUAGAUAAGCCACCGACGUAACAAUCUACCUUACAAAUGGCACUUUAUAAACAAUGUAAUAUUGUAAAGUCACACUAUUAGAUAACACAGAGAAGAACCUAGGUCGUAAAACUGUUGAAAAAGGAACACUUCUAGGUAUCUUAAUUACGACCUCGAAUUAGGUAUAACCAUAUCUAGACUCCUCCUUCCCGUCACUUGGGAUCUAUUCUAUAAUCUUCAUAGGUACUAAAAAUAUAGUAAUGACACAGGUUUUGAUUUAGGGAAUUCCGAGUUAAAUUGUACACUAAAAUUCGUUUUCCCUUCUUUUUUUUUUAAAAAAUCUCUUUUUGGCACUUUGGAAAUUAAAAUUAAUGUCGCCGUGAGAUAUUUUGUGCCAUGUCUCUUAACGUAAUGCCAUUUCUGUUUGACAUGACAAGAUUUGACUUUGCAUCCUCAGAUUGUUAAUGCUUAACUACACCUUACAUAUAACGUCACAGGGAUGUGGGUAGGUACCGUAUGUAAAAUUAUUUUUUUAUGCAAACGAUAGAUAUUUUAUAGCUGUAAAAUGGGAUCGUUAUUUGAAUUGGAAAAUAUAGAUAUAGAGGUAGGAUUCGAUAGACUGUAAAAUUUAAAAGAAAUGAUUUAUUUGCAAGACUGUAGGCACAACACCUAACUAUUGACUAUUUAGCCUGAAAGGCAAUUAGAAAACACUCGAAAAACCAACAGUCUUCUACUAAACUCGCAAAUCACGAAAAUAAGAUUAUUAUCACUGAGUGGUUCAAACGAAUUGGGUAGGUUCAAUUUUUAAGUAAAAAACCAAAACCUGUAGUGAAUUAAGUUUAUAACUCUGAAAGAUGUAUAUCUGUUCGAAACAAAAAAAAACUACCCAUGUCUAAAUAACGAAACAGUCUUAGGGAAAAUAUAUCUAACCCUAUUUAAGCGUAUGUAUCAAAUAUCCUAGGUAUAGUUUCAAAUUAUAUCGAAUGAACGUGAUGAAAACUUCGUAAAGAUGAUGAAGAUCACACACAUAUAUGCCAUGCCUAUUUAUAAAAGUGCAAGUAAAAUUGUUAACUCAAUUAAUAAAAAUUGUAUGUUUAAAUUUCCUCGCUAUAACUAUUAUAAAUUUUAAAAACAUCAAAUUUUGGAAUUCUGUCUUACAAACGUAAUUUUACAUCCUAAACUAGAGAGUAAAUCUCGCAAUUUUUGUUUUUAAUUUUUAUACUUGCUACGUACUAGCUACGUACUACAAUACUAUGGAUGGAGGGUAGAAGUACAUACCUACAAUACGACCGAAAAUUAUAUAUUAUUAUAUAAAGUCAUUUAGGUUACGUACCUGCCUACUAUAGUUUAUUAAAUUAAAAAUAAUAAUUAAAAAUGAAAACCAACACACAUGCACACUUGUAAUUUUAUAUUUGAUUUUCAACAAAAAAUAUUCACAAUUAAAAUCUCUUGGUAUUGUUCCCUUUUGGAAUAUAAUAGUAGUAGAUUAUUUGCUAAUUUCACCGUCACGCCUUGGCGGUUAUUGCUACGGCAGUCGACAAAAGCACAGCUUUCAAAAAUAAUGCCUUAAAUAAACAUUAAAUUAUUUAACACUUCAAUUACAUAUGUGUACGUGUAAUAAUAAUAUGUACAUUGCUACUUUUCUUUUUUGCUUGAAUUAAAAAUAAUUAUUAUAAAGCGCGUUAGUGUGUCAAAGUGCAGUGGUGAUCGGAAAAGCUGCGCGCGGCUUACUGUUACCUGCGGUAUAUAAUUAUUUAUUUAUUAAUUUUAUGUUUAUAUUAUUUAAUUUCAUAUAUCAACCAUUUGUUAAUCGGUUUUAAUUAUAUGAGUGUUGUUUUUUAUUUGUAAAGAAUAAUACAAAGUUAUGGGUGUUGAGUUAUAGUAUCGCAUUAAAUUUUAAUAACAAAAAAAUAUUCUUUUUUAUGAUAUAUUUUAUUUUAUGUGUAAAAUCGACGAUACAUAAAACGAUUAUUAUCCGAUUUAUCAACUUUCAGGCUACUGAAUUUAGUAUAAACAUACAUGAUAGUACUUUAAUAUUUCAAAGGCUACGGUACAGGGCCGUACCUAAAUUUAUGCAUAGUAAGUAUGCAUAUUAAAUAGUAAAUUAACAUUACAAAAUUCGAACAUAGAGAUGGAUCCCUGAGAUGAUGGCACUAUUGUUCAACAAAUUCAACCGUCUCAUGGCGUCCAAUGUCUGCCUUCACUAAAUUUGAACUUACUAAAACAGGUAUUUAUGCUUAGCUUAUCAAAUUAACGGGUUUCAACUUCGGGUGCGAUCGUUUGACACUGGAUUUGCUUUGUGACAUUAUUCACUUUAUUUACUUUGGACAUGUGUUAUCAACAUUAUCGUCCACUAUAAGACUUAUCCUGUAAUCUACUAUCAAAGCCACUCGUAUUAUUCAAAUAUAAGUUACAAGACUACAAGCUGUAUUGAAAACGUUCUCGAAAACGACACCAUCACGUUAAGGAUUACUAAUACGGUACAACCGAAAAUGAUCGACAAUUUUAUUUUACUAUUUACAGUUUUUAGCACGUAAUGUAGGUAACACAGUUAAGAAUCAACUGCCAAUCUGCCAAUCUCUUCUAUCAGCCAUCAGCUCAACACUCCAUCCAUGUCUUCUUCGGUCGACCUCUUCUAAACCCUUCUCCUCUGAAUUCCUCUAAAACCUCUUUUGUUUAAUUUAUAUUUAAAACUGAUUUUUAUUGUUUAUGUACAGAACAAUUUUGGUUUAAAAAUUCAAACAAAAAAAUAAUGAAAUGCGAAUUAUAUAUGUCUCUUAACACUUAAAAUUAUGAAAUUGGAUUGAAAUUCUAAUUGCCAUUCAGUUUAUCGAAAAUACAACAAUAAAUUGUUCAUUUAAUGAACUUUUCAUCUUAGUCAUCAUGAAAGUCUCGUUUAGUUGAAGAAAAAUGCCGAUUACCGAAAUUUUCACACAAACUUCUAUAAAUUAGAUUGCAACCAACCUCAUAUAGGUUAACAAGGUGCUUUGCGUUAUGGUUCUUUCAAGAAUCAUAAUGUGUAAAAAUAAAGUAAGAAAAUUUUAAAUUAUUUGUUUUGUAAUGUGAAUAAUAAUGCGUAUGUUAUCUGAUGAUAUGCUGUGUACAAUGUAAAUGUUAUGAAAUGAGGUCCCAGUGGUUUUUUUAACUAUUUUAGUAAAGUGCCUAAUAAAGUGUUUUUAUGUUGAAAGUUUAAAUCGUUCAGCACAUAAAGGUAGUUUUCCAAUUACAGCAAAAGAGCGCAUUAUGCGACAUAAUGCUCAACGUUGAAUGUUCCAACUACAGCAACGCUUCGCACAAUCGAGCACUCUCAAAAUCUCGCGUGAUACUCGCAAUCGAUACCGACUCAGUAACAGAAAAUUGACAAGUGUUUUUUCUUUAAGUUGGCAUUGAUUGAAAUUUUGUUUAUAUUAUCGUUAGUAAUAUUAUUUAAUGUUGAAAAAAAUUGUAAGGCUUUCGUUUCGUCGUAGUUUCUUAGAAAUAAUCAAUGUUAAUUAAAACUGUGCUAACUUAGCGCACUCUGCUGAUGCAUUAGAAAACUAAUUCACGUUCCAAUUAAGCUUCAGCAUAAUUCGGUAUUGUGCGUCACUGAGUCGCAUUAUGCUCUGUAAUUGGAAAACUACCGAAGCUAUAUUUCUGUUUUAUGGUGUGCGGAAUGGUUAGCUUCUUGAUCAAUCGAUUUUAUCUAAUUAAAAUCGCAAUAAAAUGCUUUGUCAAAUUCACGGGACACCACAGAUUUAAAUUACCUUGUUUGGGCAAAAUAACCUACGAACCGACUGACAGUAACAAUAGUAAUAAAAAAAGCCGAUAGCCGCUAGAGAAAUAAUUAGUGCUCCUUUUUUACAUUAAAUAAUUACAUUUAAAAAGAAUCUGACCGCAAUUCUAUUGGUUAUGAAAACUGUAAAGUAAUUAUUCAAAAUUUUGGAAAUGAUAAUUUAACCGUAAGCUCAAUAUUAAUUAAAAAAAUACAUAGAGGCCUUUUAAAUAAAUGACGUCUCCAGUAAAAACUUAAUAUUUUAUGAACUUAGGAGAUCGACUUGAUUUACUUAACGGACGCCAAAUUAUUUCUCUAGUUCGAACACUGUAUCCUAAACUAUAUAGACUAGUUAAACAAUACAAAAUAAAUACUUAUAGACUAUUGUAAUAGUACCAACACUACUAACAUAGAAAUAAGUCUAGGAGUCAAGUACCCUGGUGAGGCAGAGCAGCCGGCAUAAUAAAUAAUUUAUUUUUAUUUUGUUCGUGUGGUCGCUGAAAGAAAAAAAUUUAUAUUUCUGCCGUAUUUUCUAUUGGAAAUAGAUAUUUGUAGCUAUUACUACGAUUGAAGUGGUCAUUGUAUGGAUAAUGUUGAGGUCUUUUUACCAGGAAGCACCCUCGUUGUUUAUCUACUUUUAAGUUGUGUUUUUCCUCAGAGAUAAUAAAAUAAUAUAUAAUAAUGCUAAGCUGUACUUUAAAUUAUGGUUUGAGUGUGAAAAAUAAUUAUGGACAUGAAAUAAAAUUUAUUUAGCGUUGCA